AUGAGCGGCUCCUCGGGCACCCCGUACUUGGGCAGCAAGAUCAGCCUCAUCUCCAAGGCGCAGAUCCGCUACGAGGGCAUCCUCUACACCAUCGACACGGACAACUCCACCGUGGCGCUCGCCAAAGUGAGGUCUUUUGGUACUGAAGACCGUCCCACAGAUAGGCCGGCCCCCCCAAGAGAGGAAAUCUAUGAGUACAUCAUUUUCCGGGGAAGCGAUAUCAAAGAUAUUACUGUGUGUGAACCUCCGAAAGCUCAGCACACACUGCCUCAGGAUCCUGCUAUUGUUCAAUCUUCCUUGGGCUCGGGCUCGGCCUCCUCCUUCCAGCCACACGUGCCUUACAGCCCCUUCAGAGGGAUGCCACCCUACAGCCAGCUGGCUGCCAGCUCUCUGCUUAGCCAGCAGUAUGCCGCUUCCUUGGGCCUAGAGAAGCUGGUGAGCCCUCCAGCCUCGGCCGCAGCUUCCAGCCCUAGUUCCUCUCCAUCUCCACAGCCCGCCUCAGAGCUUGACAUGUCCUCAGAGCCACAUCAGCUCACUUCCAAGGGAGCUGGUUUUCCAUCCGUCCCAGUCGGCAAGAGCCCCAUGGUGGAGCAGGCUGUCCAGACUGGUUCUGUUGAUAACCUGAACGCCAAAAAGCUGUUACCUGGCAAGGGCCCAGCGGGGAUGCAGCUCAACGGGCGCCCCGCCCCGCCAAGCAGCAAGACCAGCAGCGAUGUAGUUCAGCCGGCAGCUGUGCAAAGUCAAGGGCAGGUGAAUGACGAGAACAGAAGACCUCAGAGGAGGAGAUCAGGGAACAGACGAACAAGGAAUCGCUCCAGAGGGCAAAACCGCCCGACUAAUGUCAAAGAAAACACAAUCAAGUUUGAAGGCGACUUUGAUUUUGAGAGCGCCAAUGCCCAGUUCAACAGAGAGGAGCUGGACAAAGAGUUUAAGAAGAAACUGAAUUUUAAAGAUGACAAAGCCGAGAAGGGGGACGAGAAGGACUCAGCAGUGGUGACCCAGAGUGAUGAGGCUCCUGCUGAGGAAGACCACCUGGGGCCCAACUGCUACUAUGAUAAGUCCAAGUCCUUCUUUGACAACAUCUCCUCUGAGCUCAAGACCAGUUCCAGGCGGACUACAUGGGCUGAGGAACGGAAGCUCAACACAGAGACCUUUGGGGUGUCAGGAAGGUUUCUUCGUGGCCGUAGCUUCAGGGGUGGAUUUCGAGGGGGCAGGGGCAACGGUACAACCCGUCGCAACCCAACCUCCCACAGAGCUGGGACUGGCAGGGUGUAAGGAUGCAGCCCGAGGCGCCUGCGGAAGUAGCACCGAAACAAAGCUGUGUCUGAGGAUAUUGGAAAACGCUGCACUUACUGGGGGAGACGUGGGUCACUUUGUUUACUGCGUUUGGAAAAUUCCCGUACUACUACUUAUGUUUUGGACUUAAUUGAACUUGGACGUGGUCUGAGUUAGAACCACUUGUUUUGGGGGGAAGUAUUUGUGGGUAACCUCUUUGAGGUAUCUUGGUCUGUCUUUCCUCUUUAGUUGCGCACAGCCUAAUUCUAAGGUUUUGGUAUUUUGGAAGGUUUCUAGAGCAAAAGCUUGAUCCUCACUUGUGGCUUGUUUUUUGUGACAACUUUGACUUUUUUAAAGUGGAACCAAAUUUCAUUUGGCCACUGUGGCAGCCAAGCUUAUCUCUAUAACCCAACUGGCCUCUGGUGCUGCUGGCCUGACACCCCCAUGGGCACAGGUGGGGUCUCAGGAGCCAGGCAGGGCCAGCAUGGGAGUGUGUGUGUAUGGGGGUGGGCCUUAGGGCAGGGAAAGUGGGGUGUCCCACGGAUCAUGUUGUAUAAGCAAACCAGACAAC